GCGCGCAGUCAGUUUACAGCGGGUGUCUUCCUUGAUUUCGUUGUCUAUUGCUCUUUCUUGUUAUUUUAUGUACUUCCACAUACUAUGGUUGUUACAUAGGCUAUUCAACGAUCUGUUUCGGGUUAUCCAUGGGCAAAGUCAGAGGGACGUCCUGCUCACAGACAGCCCGGUGCUGCUCCUCCUUCCUCUCCUAGACGUCCACGAUGAAGCGGUCUGUGCACACAGCCUCCAGACCUGACACUGACCGGUUCCCUCCCCCAACCUCAAACACAAACAAGGGGCCUGGAGAGAGAGACCUUGUCAGUAUUCGCUGCCCACUCUAAGCAUGUGGAUCCACAUGUGGAUCUAAUUUGCGAUUCAACACCCAUCAACCGUGUCCUGGUGUUAAGUGGAUGAGAAAACUGUCGUUCCCUCAGCAGUGACCACGCAUAACCGCUGGUGAGAACGAGGUCACUCCUUCCCAGCGCCGGGUCGUUGUCUGGUUGCAUAAUAACCUCUGGCCCGGCCUCGUUGACAUCCACACGACUGAUCGCCCUCCUGUUGCUCUGCGACAUUCCUCUUCAAGCACCACGGCCGUAUCAUUUGGACAUAUGGGGGCGUAUGUAUUUUUUUAUAGUUUAUUUUCUCUGGUGCUCCAUCCGACCACUGUAAUGGCUCAUGAGAUAAAGGCGUCAUCAGUCAAAUUAUUCUUUGACAUGACAGACCUAAUGUGAUCAUUAUGCUAAUGGAUUUCAGUUGAGUGCUCUGAUGUCCUUGUUGAAUCGCUGUAAAGCCAGCUGUGUGUUUGGGGCCAGCCUGCCAGUCGACCAUCCCUGUACAGGUCCGUGUCGCGGAUGAGCGCGGCACAGGAACAGACGCUUCCUGUCGCAGACAGUAUGGCACCAGAGCCUCCCGCCCACAACUGCACAGACUGCAGCUCGCCGCUCGCCCCGCCGGUCAGCGUGGUCAAGGCCGUGGCCCUCGGCCUGAUCCUGGGCGUCUUCAUCCUGUUCGGGGUCGUCGGCAACAUCCUGGUCAUCCUGUCGGUGGCGUGUCACAGGCACCUCCGCACCGUCACGCACUACUUCAUCGUGAACCUGGCGGUGGCCGACCUGCUGCUGAGCUCCACCGUGCUGCCCUUCUCCGCCAUCUUGGAGAUCCUGGGCCGCUGGGUGUUCGGGCGUCCCUUCUGCGACGUGUGGGCCGCCGUGGACGUGCUGUGCUGCACGGCCUCCAUCAUGAGCCUCUGCGUGAUCUCCGUGGACCGCUACAUCGGGGUCAGCUACCCUCUCCGCUACCCGGCCAUCGUGACCGAGCGCAGGGCCCUGAUCGCCCUCGUGGGCCUCUGGGCGCUGUCCGUUACCAUCUCCAUCGGCCCGCUGUUCGGCUGGAAGGAGGCGGCGCCGGAGGACGAGACGAUCUGCAAGAUCACGGAGGAGCCGGCCUACGCCAUCUUCUCCGCCGUGGGCUCUUUCUACCUGCCCCUGGCCAUCAUCCUGGCCAUGUACUGCCGCGUGUACGUGGUGGCCCGGCGGGAGAGCCGGGACCUGAGGGAGGGCCGCAAGACGGACAAGUCCGACUCGGAGUGCGUGACGCUGAGGAUCCACCGGGGGAACGCGUCGGCCUCGGAGGAGGAGGCGGCGCUGCGGAGGCGCAAGCACUUUGCGCUGCGGCUGCUGAAGUUCUCGCGGGAGAAGAAGGCGGCCAAGACGCUGGGGAUCGUGGUGGGCUGCUUCGUGCUCUGCUGGCUGCCCUUCUUCCUGGUGCUGCCCAUAGGAUCUAUGUUUCCGCAGUACAGACCUUCAGAAACAGUUUUCAAAAUCACCUUCUGGCUCGGCUACUUCAACAGCUGCAUCAACCCCAUCAUCUACCCGUGCUCCAACCUGGAGUUUAAGAAGGCCUUCCAGAAUGUUCUAUGCGUGCACUGUCUGAGAAAACCAGCCAGACCCUCCCAUCAUCUGAGCCCAGGCCUGGGGCAGAGCCAACCCCAGAAUCAACCCCUCACCCUGGGCCUGGACGGCCGAGGUGCCCCCUCUCGGAUCAGCCCCUCCUCCUCCCUGGGACUCUCCCGGACGCCGUCCUCCAGAGACGGCCGGGAGUGGAGGGUGUUCUCGGAGAGUUCGGCGGCUCCUGGGGUGGAGAGCGGCCGGGCCAAGGUGGCCAAACUCUGCAAUAGGAGUCUACAGAAAACCUGCUGUUGUAUCAGCGGCAGGCCUGGCUCCCGUAGGUCCGGACCUCCACAGCCCUCCAUGCACAGGACCCUGCCCGUCAUUAAGAUACAUCAGCUCUCUCUGUGUGAGAACGGAGAUGCGGUGUGACUUCCGUUCAAUUCAAUUCUCUUUAUUAAUCCCCAAGGAAAUAGCAGAAUCUCAAAGGAAAUUCAUACCUACGAUCUCUGUCUCCAUACUAAUGAUACGCCGCUGUUAAAGAGACAUUAGGAGGACGUUCAUGCAGUGCUGAGCCCUUUUGAGGAGGGAGAAAGAAACUAACAAUGGAUGCUGGAACUGAUUGACGAAAAUUCUCUGAGUUAUCUUCAGAAAUCUAUUCUGAGCUGUGGCACAAUGUGAAAUAAAUGUCUGGAACAUUUUUUGCUUUUGUCCGUCAAAGCUAGAUGUUUUCAGGCUGGUUUCAUUUUGUUUAAAUCCGUAAACCCUUUGUGAAGAUUGUGAUAUUGUCCUACAGUUUACUGUCUAAAGGUAAUGUUAAUCCAAUGUCCAUUGUACUUGACCAUUUUAACAGUUAAUAAUUAUAUGUGGAUUUAAAUAUUCCAGAAAAUGUGUUGGGGUUGUGAAGGCAUUCCCUGAGCAGGGCCAAAUUUGUAUUAUGUCAUUUUUUGUACAUUUUAUAUUUCAGAAGAGUAUAAGAAUAUAUUGAUACUGUAUGUCAAGGCUGGGUAUACUUGGGUAGGUGUGUUUCCUCUGAUCUGCUGACAACCAUCUUACCAAAUAUUUUCCUUGUGUCCUUAUCAUGUACAGUAAGUUGUCUUCCUAUUGUGAGAAUUGUGCCUGUGAUGAAGUGGUUCUCCCCAAGAAGUCUGAGGACAGGCACAAUGUCC